UCAAACUGAUAAAUCUAACCAAAGAUGACAGCCAACCAGCCAUUAAUCUUGGUAGCUGGCAUCGUGGAGGACCAGGUUUUCUCCCAUGUGUGCUAUGUUGCUAAUCAUUUAUCUCAAACUCUACCGAAUUUUAAAUUUAAAAGGAUUUGUAAACAAUAUGAAGAAUGGGAAGUACGAAUUCAAACCCUACAACAUUCUUUGUACAAAAUCAACAGGAAAAUCUGUUUGCAUAUAGCCGUGGUUGGCGAAGAUCUGCAAAACACAAGGCUGGUCACACAAAAAUUCACCACUCGUGACGCAACUCAAUUCUGGGAAUUUAUUCGUGAGUACUAUGGUAUUGAGUCCCAGCUUAGUAACAAUGAACUGAACACGUUGGGGCAAGAUUGCAGUCAGGAAACAGAAAUAAGGGCAUAUAAGAAUAUGUUGCACGUAAGAAAUUCAAAACUGCAUAUUUCAAUAUUUGGAUCAGACAAACAACUGUGUGAAAACCUGGCAGUUGACUUAUGUGCAAUUAAAACACUGCAUUUUACAAGGGAAAUGGUUGUGAGAAUGUACAAUGCCCCUGUGCCUAGUACAAGAGUAAAUGAACAAACAAUAGAUAUAGAAACACCCUGCAAAAGCUCAUCUGCUAUUGAAAUUGUACAAUCACUAAGUAUUGCUUUGAAUGACUGCGACAUACUUAUUAUAUUAGACGAAAUACUAAUGGAGACUGGAGAACCAGUAGAUCAUUGGUUAAAUCGUAACCGAUCGUCCAUGCUUGACUUAGCAAGGCACAUAAAUGAUUUCGCCCCAGAUUACAUGAAGGUGGUAUUUUGUUCAGCGGGCCCAAAUUGUCUCAACGCCGGAGUGCUUGCUUCUACAGUUGUAAACUUGGAUGUAAAUAAUAUUGUCGUUGUGAGUAGUCACCUAGGACUUGAAAUUUUGUGUGAAACAGCAAAUUUGGUUGAUGUAGCAUUAGAAGAAAUGGGGUGCCCUCCAGUUUGGGGCUUUAUAGGCAUAAACCAUUUUGUGGAUAUACGCAACACUAUUCAGAGACACGAAAUUUAUAGACCCAAUAACCGAGCGUUGAAAUCUCGAAAUGGUACAACGUUGUCACUGGGGGUGAGGCACCGAGAGUUAAGAUCAAUAUUCUACCUGGUACAUGACAAGGACCCUGAUGUCACUCUUCUUGAGCAUAAAGUUCCGCUGGCAGGUAACUCUCAAAAAUGCACAGCGAUCUGUGAUCUUGUCAAACUUUGGUACAACAAAAGCAGCAAUGUGGAAGAUGAAAUUAUUUCUUUAGGAAUUUGCUCAAAGGGAAUGUUUGGCAUUCCGAAGGGGAUAUUUUUCUCGCAACCUGUGUAUUUACAACAAUUGAUGGACGACAGCCGUUAUUGGAUACCAUGUGCUGAAUUUCCACAACCAGAUUAUCAACACUGGAUUUUGAACAACAUGAUUGAAACUGCUCAAAUUUUGGCAGAGAAACUCAUCUAUGCGACGGACCCAUUAAAGAUCGAUUACAGACACACGUGCAUAGAUAUAUCCAAGGUCGAAGCCACCAUUCCCACUGUACAUAUGUACAUGAAUACUGAAUACGAAAAGAUCAUUGAUUCUGCUUUCUAA